UUCAACACUUAUUUAGGUCAAGGCAAACCUUUAAACUGGCACUUAAAACUAUACAGAUUUGUUUGAAUGAUGGAAUGGAAUCCUCCGGAAUAUGAGUUGAUUUCAGAUACCGAAAGUGUCUUCGGUGAUCUACAUGAUUUUCACAAAACCAGUAACGACACAGAACCAACAAAAGGUUUAAAAAAAUCGAAAAAUAAAUUCAAAUGCAACGAAUGCAAAUUUUCAAGCAAGGAAGAAGAACAUUUGAUAAAACACAAAAAGAAGCACGACAAAGAAUACUCGUUCAAGUGUACCUUCUGCGAAAAGUGCUUUCCUACAAAGACUAACAGUGAUAGACAUAUCAGAACUCAUAAAGGGGAACGGAAUUAUGUAUGUCGAAGAUGCCAGAAAUCUUUUACAACUAAAGCGAACUGUAAAAGACAUAUACGCGAAAAACAUACAGAUAUAGCUGUUGUUGAAGAGGAAAUAAAGUAUGAACCUUCGGGAACGAAAUGCAUUUAUACAAAAGGGAAUCUUAAUCAUUCAGGGAGGGAUGCAAUAAGAAAUACAGAUGGAUUCUGUUCAUCAGUCAAAGUCACCACAUGUCUACCAGCGCACUCGGAUGGUAAUGCAAAUUAUGAAGAGUUACAAGCUAUAACAAAUGGGAACAGAGUGUCGGCAAUUAAUAAGGUUAAUGAAGAGAAUACUAAAGACAUAACAAGCAUAGCAAUAGAUGAAAACAAUAAAAAAGUUCAUACUCAUGUUUUGCCAGGUUCUAAAAGGAAAAUACAGAGAAGUUAUUCUGAAUAUACAUUUGAAGCGAAAAAAAUCAAAAAAGAAUUAGAUAAAGACAUAGAAAUUAUAACAAAAACUAAUCAGAUAGACGAUCGAAAUAGUAGUUCAAAGAAGACCACCAUGAAAAAGUCUUUGGAUAGAAUAGACUUCAAAAUAAAAACAAGCGACAACGAAACUAACGAUAAUUUACCAAUUUUGACGAGUCCUAAAAAAUCCUUAAAGAAAUCAAGAGAAAAUAAUUGUAGGCAACGCGAAAACAAUGUAUUGCCAGAGUUGAAGAAAGAAAUUCAAUCUGAACAUCACAAUGAUUUAAGUUCAUCUUCUUCCCUAAGUCUUUUUUCUAGUGUUGUUCCCUUAAAAGUUGAAAACAGAGAAAGUUUGAAUGAGUUUCCAGGAACAAACGGCUUUCAGAUUAAUUUUAAAGGUUGGAAUGAAGACGACACAGUAUUGACAAAUCACAACACAACAGUUGAAGUUGUUGUUGAUAUCGAUUACAAAACAAAGGAAAACACUUUUAGUGUGACAACACAAUGUGAAAUGUUACCUGAUGUUGAAAGACAAAAGAGCCAUAUUAAUUGUGAUAACAUCAAAACUGGCAAAAUGUCAUGCAGUUUUCAAAAUUGUGACGUGAUGGAUACAACAAAUGAAUUUGGUAUGUAUGGUGAAGAAUAUGAUUUAAGUAACGACUAUGUAACAAUAUUACCUGUAAAAAAAUCCUAUGACAGUUAUAACUUGGAAAUAGAACAAAAAAAUGCCGAAGAACACACAUCUGGUUCGAUCUCGAAAGUGAAUUGUUCUAUUAAAAUGUUGGAUGAUUCUUCUCCAGUUCCUUUAAUAUCUAAAGACCAAGACACUACGAAAAUACCUUGUACACAUGCGGAAUGUAAGGACAAUAUAUUGGGAAAGGAACGUAACGUAGACAAACUACGAAAAGCCGGAAUGACAAAAGAGAAAACCAAUCCAAGAGGUAGCAAAAGCGAAAUAUCUUCACUAUCAAAUGGAGCUGCAGGGUCCUUAAAUAAAAGAAGUAAAGAGCGAUCAAGCAACGUUUUCUCGAAUCAUAAAUAUUUUUUGGAAAAGGUCCUGAAUUGGAAACCUGUGUGGUUUGAUGAGUACGAAAUAUUUAAGAAGACACCGCCAGAUAUUUCUGAAGGCGUAAGUCAUCUCUUAUCAGCAUAUGACAGCCAUCAGGAUUACUUCAAUACAUUGUUCCCACAUCUGCUGUUGGAAACAUGGGAAUCAUGUCUUCAAACAUGGCAAAGUCUCAAAGGAAAUAGACCCAAACAGAAAUGCGUGUAUUGUAGGCAAGAGGACACUAAGUUUGGUAUAUUCAAAUAUGCUUAUUUCACAGUCAAAGACAAUGUCUUCAACAAAGGCGAUCUUCUUAUAUUAAACACUACGAUAGAUGAUGGUAAAUGUAAGGCUUCGCUGUGUUACAUAGAGAAAAUAAGUGACAAACCAUCAACAAGAAACUUGACAGAUGAUCAAGUGUCUGCAUUAAGGAGCUGUGAUGUGGAAUUAAAACUUCAAUUAAAGUCUCGACAUUUUGAUAUUUGUCCUGCCGAAAGAAUAAAAGAUUCCACUAUAGAGUUCGUCCAUUCCCUCAAUGAUAUGCUUGUCCUAUAUAAUGGUUUAUCAUCAAUGAUUGAGACAAAGUUGUUCCCUCAUGUGUUAGAACCAGGCGAUAUUAAUGUGUACGCAAAUAUUUCUGCUAAACGAAAUCACCAGGAAUUUGAUAUGCUGAUGAAUAAGGACGAUUUUAACCAUAAACAGAGAUCAGCCAUUCUAAAUGCAGCAGAUAUGGUUACGAAGACAAAUUCAUCAAAUCGUGUCUGUAUCAUACAAGGACCUUUUGGUACAGGGAAGACGGAUACAAUUAUCGGUAUUAUCAAAGGAAUAUAUCAGAGAAGUGGUGGCAAAUGCUGUAUUGGCUUAUGUGCGCCUACUCACAUGGCAGUAGAGAACCUAAUGAAAAAGUUGAUAAGUGAGAGGACAAAAAUGGAAGUGAAUAAGACUGGAACAGGCAUUCGAUUAGUCCUAAUUGGAGACGAUAAUAAAUACCACUCGGAUGUUCAGAAAUACUCACACAAGACAUGUUUACAGAAAGAGAUAAAAAGGCAUAAGAGAAAAACUGCUGCAUCAAGUGUUUCAAAUGAAAUCAAACGAUUGGAUACAAAAAUUUCCUCUAUGAAAGAAAUGUCUCUUAAAACAGAAUUAGACGCAAAGUGUGCGAUUGAUAUGAAAAAGAUUUUGAAGAAACGUGAUGAUCUGAUGAUUCAGACUAGAGAUGAAGAGGAGACACUGAAACACAAUGUUUUGUUACAAGCAAACGUCAUAUGCGGAACUUGUAGCUCUUUUGGGGAACAGUUUUACCUAAAUGCGUUAUCAUCAGUAAAGAACAAGUGCAGGGAAUCAUUAUUUACCUGCUUGAUCAUGGAUGAGGCCCAACAGGCAACAGAGUUAGAAACACUUGUACCUCUGCAGUACGGGACAAACAAACUGAUUUUGGCUGGAGAUCCGGAACAACUUCAACCGACUGUAAGAUCCCAGAUAUCUAGAGACAAAAGUUUUGACCAGUCAAUGUUCCAACGGUUUUGUGAUCACUUCCGGUAUGAAAAUUGUAAUCCUAUUUUAGUAUUAGAUACUCAAUAUAGAUCACAUCCAGAAAUUGCGAAGUUCCCAAGCAACGUUUUCUAUGGUGGUCAAUUAAAUACACACAGGUAUUCGAAAGAGAGAUGUGAAAAAUUCAACUUAAAACCUUAUAUUGUUUUCAAUAUAGACAAAAGCACACAAAACAUUACUACAGCUGACAUAACGAUAUCCUUAUAUGAGUUCCUAUACUCUUAUGUACAUCAAAAUACUAAACUAACACAUACGGACUUUGGCAUCAUUACAUCAUUGAAUCACAUUAAUAAAAUCAAAGAAGGUUUGGCAAACAGAAAUCUUUCAAACGUGGAAGUGGACACCAUUACUGGUUUUCAAGGCCGAACGAAAGAAGUUGUCAUUUUAGCAUGCGCAGAGGAUGAUAUUGAGAAAAAAGAAUUUCUGACUAGUCAGAACGAAUUAAAUGUUGCUCUAACAAGAGCCAGGAGUGCAUUAUUCGUUGUUGGCAAUUUUUAUACUUUAUCUAAGAAAAACGAGUCACUGCAGAAAUUGGUUGCUGAUGCCAGAGAGAGAAGAGUGUUACGGAUCGUAAAAGAUGAUGACACUGUUUCAAAUACAAUGUUUAGUGCAUGUCUAUCUGUCAGAGCGAGGCUAGGACAACAGAACAUGUCAUUACUUUAGAUAUACUACAAUUCUAAUGAUGUGGCAGCCAUAAACAUGUCAUAACUUAAGAUAUACUUCAAUUCUAAUAAUGUGGCAGCUAUAAAGUACAUUACUUUAAAUAUACUUCAAUUCUAAUAAUGUGGCAGCUAUAAAGUACAUUACUUUAAAUAUACUACAAUUCUAAUAAUGUGGCAGCUAAAAUUAGAUAUACUACAAUUCUAAUAAUGUUGCAGCUACAUGUAUAAUUCGAUAUACUACAAUUCUAAUAAUGUUGCAGCCAUGUAUAAUUAGAUAUACUACAAUUCUUAUAAUUGUGGCAGCUAUAAUUAGAUAUACUACAAUUCUAAUAAUGUGGCAGCUAUAAUUAGAUAUACUUCAAUUCUAAUAAUGUGGCAGCUAUAAAGUACAUUAAACCCAGCAUCUCAUUGUGUUCAUCUUUAUAUUUUAUUCACACUAAUAAAUAAAGAUCAUAUUUUAUUUGGUAAAAUUCAUUCAAAAUCAGGUUGAUUUAUGUAUUAAAUUUGAACAUAACUCAGAAAAAUACUUUUAGCAAUUUUAUUGUGGCAGAUGAUUAAGAAUACUUCGAGAUUGCUUUGAGACUGCAAGAAGUCUUUCUAACCUCAUGACCUAUGGUAUUUUUAUUAUUGCUUUGCUAAUGUCUGUUGUGGUGUUGUCAAUAAAAGAACUGGUUUUUGAGGCGUAAAAUGUCGUUUUUUUUAAUGUGUGUGUACCUUUUGUUAUACCACGAAUCGAUAUUGAAAUGGGUUAAAUAUAUCAUCAAAUACUUUGUUUUGAGCAUUGCGAUCUCAUAAAAUUAUGCUUCGAAUAUUUGAAUAAAAAUACCGAAAUGAUCUUGAGUUCAGCAACAUCAACUUAUUGUUUUUGUUUAUAUUGUAAAAUAAAAUAUUGCUUUGA